AUGGACAUGAAUUCUAAACCAGCUUCACCACAUGACCGAUCUAACCCAAGCAUUCAGACCCCAGAGAAACUGGAUGUGGAUUGUCUGCAAGUGCCACCACUUCAACGUUCCAAUCCUUUAGCUCAGCUGCCAUCAUUCCCAACCUUGACAGGAGAGUACCCAAUUCUCAUUUCAAAAACGGCUGACGGAAGUGCCAUGGUAACCAACUUUAGAUUCUAUGCCUGUGAACAGCGGUCCUUCAUCAACAUUCCUCUCAUGAUGGUCGCAGAGUUGAUUGUCAUUGAAGCUGCCAAACGUCUGCGUAUUGGGUGUAAAGAUGGUGCCACCUACAGUUGCACUUUUGCUACCAAUGAAGACCUAACUGCUUGUACCAACUUACUGAAGGAGAAGACAGGACUGCCUGCGAACAAAAAGACCCUGUUUGCGUACAGAUUCUAUGAGGUAGCCAUGCGCAGAAAAGAGCUGAAAUCUGGCUUGACCAAGCUGGAGGAAGAGCAUAUUCAGCUCUGUGAACCUGUGGAUCUAAAAUUCGCAUACAGCUUUGACAAGGAGGUCGUGCGUUUAGGAUUUGACACAAACAAAGAAAAAAUAUGGCGAAUGAGUCAUGCGAAUGAAAAUUUUGAGUUUUGUCCAACAUAUCCCAAGCUACAUAUUCUUCCAGCAACUGUUGAUGAUGAUAAGUUGAAGGUCAGCCUGGACUUCAGAGCUAUGAAACGGUUUCCAUCUGUUGUUUGGAGAGACAGAAGAACGGGAAUGGUGUUAAUACGCAGCAGCCAGCCUCUGUCCAGUUUCUUGGGAGUGAGCUAUUUUACCAACCAGUCGGAUGUUUUCCUCAUUGAAGAAAUUGUCAAUGCCUGUAACAAAGACUGGAAGCUGAUAGAAGAGCACAGCAAAUCUGUGCGUGCGUUGCCGGAUACCAGGGUCAACGACAGCCAUGGGCAAGAGAAAGGUCAAGAGUUCAGUGCUCACAAAGGAGAUGGGGCCCAGGGAUCCCUAGUGAGUGAUGACCCAGCUGGAGCCAAUGACCACGGGGCGAGCAAUGGCAACUGCUACUAUGAUGAUGGAUUCAAACCUAAAAAACUGGCCAUAGUAGACUGUCGGAGUCUGGCUGGCGUGUGGGGCAAUAGUUUUAAAGGUGGAGGAACUGAAGAUGAAGUUGUCUACAAGUGCAACAUUGUGCACCUGGACCUGGCCAACAUCCAUACAGUCAGGGACAGUUUUAACAAGCUCCGGGCCUUAUGUCAUGCUUAUGUGGAAGGAACAUUCUAUAAGAACCUCACCGGCUGUAUGUGGCUGACAUAUAUAUCUGCACUGUUGCGAGGCGCAAACAUAGUAGUGGAACUAAUGCAUGUGAUGAAGAGACCGGUUCUGGUGCACUGUUCCGAUGGGUGGGACAGGACAUCUCAGAUAGUUUCUCUUUCAGAACUGAUGAUGGACCCUUACUACAGAACAUUAGAGGGUUUUCAGGUGCUAGUGGAGAGAGAGUGGCUACACUUUGGUCACAAGUUUGGUGAGCGGGGCGGCCAUGAUCCAAGCUGCAGUGAUACUAGUCAGAUGAGUCCAAUCUUUCUGCAGUUCCUGGACUGUGUCCACCAGUUGACCCUUCAGUAUCCAGCCGAGUUUCAGUUCAACGAGGCUUAUCUGGUGAAACUCCUUCAAAACUCCCAGAGCUGCCUGUUUGGCAAUUUCCUAUACAACUGCCAGAAAGAGAGGGAGAACUGUUCUCAGAAAACAGCGUCAGUGUGGUCUCUGCUAAAACCAGAGAGAUCACAGUUUGUCAACCUGCUUUACAGGCCAGCAGACAACAAGGUACUGACAGCCAAGGUGAGCGAACAUGAAAUCGUCUUAUGGAAGUCUGUCUACAUGGCCGGGUUGUCUCCAAUGCUCCACUUUAGUCAGACAGACUUUGGUCAUGAAUUGGCUCAUUUGGGUGGAGGUGAAGAUACCAGUAAUCCAUCAACUGAUGGACUUCCUCGGUCUAAGUCAGCAGAUGACAUGUCCAAGAUCAGUGUCGACAGCGGACGCCGCAACAGUGACCCUAGCAUUACUCAGAGCCAGGAACUGAUAUCUGUGUCUCCAGCAGGCACACACAGUCUGCAUGACGAUUCCUUGCUUCUUCAUCCCAAGCAACAUCAGGGGGAGCCUGCUCAUUUGUUACAAUCCCAGAGUCCAACGGUUCAGCUUAAGGAGUGUGUAGGGGAUGGUUCCAGGGUAGUUUCUAGCACAUCUUCCAGCAUUGAGCGCAGCAGCAGUCAACAUUCAUGUUGUAGUACUGACUCAUUAGAUAAGCUGCAGAUCGAGUGUGCCACCAUUUCACCUUCACUAGAUGUUGUCCAACUUUAUCCAGAUAAGAUGUAUGUCAAUGGACACAGCUGUGAUGCUGAACUUUCCAGUGAACCAGUAAGUAUUAAAAAAAUAGGUCCCUCUCUUUUAUCAGAGGAUUCUGGUGCUCAUAGUUUGGAUGCAUUGUCCUCGGCUGUGUUCUGCCAGGAGAAUGGCCUGCCUCUGGCCUCUAGUGAACAAACAGUGUGUUGUGAUAGUCAUAUGAUUAGUAAUGAUUCCCAAGUGCUUUCAGAGAGGACCCCACUUUCCGCUUUCAAUGACAGCCCCUGUACUGGCAUUGCAAGUUGCAAUGGAGGCUGGAGUAAAAUUUGUGACAAGUUGGUAGAUAACUUUGCCUCAAGGACUAACUCUUCUCUAAAAUACGAUUCAUUCUGUGGCUCGGCCACUUCUGCCUGCAACUCAGAGCUAAUUUUGUUGAUGUCAGAAAGAUCAGCACUGUCUGCCGACAUAGGGCUAACGCAGAAUGCCAAGUCUGAGACCUGUUGUCUGACUAAUGGCACCGUACACAGUCAACGUAAUGGAGAUGAUAGAGAACAUUCCAUGAAUUCUGAGGAAUUGUGUCACAUCACUGCUGCACUGAAAGCUCAAGUUUCCAGAAAGCUGCACGAAACAUCUGGUCAUCUGAAUGGCCACUACACUGAUGGAGGUAGAAUGUGUAAGCAGGUUAUGAAAGCUGGCAUUGAGGAACCCAACUGUUACAAUAACAUCAUGUUACCAAAGAAGUUGUUGAACUGUCCACAACGUGUUGACAUGGAUAGUUCCAGAUCUUCCAUCAAUUCUGUCUCAACUGAUACUCUAAAUGGAGACCUGGAUGCAGGAAAUGAUAUCCUUUCUCCUCCACUCCCCUCAUUCUCAAAGCCUUUAGAGGUGAACACACAUGAUGACAAGUUGACUGUGGCAGUUCCUGUGAAGACAGCACUGCAUUCAUCUUCUGUAUUGAAAGUCAAUGGCUAUCCUUCAGAGGACAUGGAAAUUUCCGGUUCAAAUUUAGUUUCCAGGAGAGCAAGGGCUGCUUCCGGGGCUAGUCGAGACUUGAGUGUGUCUCCCUGCGCUUGUCGGAGGCAGCUGUCAGAUGCUGGUCGCUUGUUGUACUCCAAUGGAAGCGAACUAAUCUCUAGACGAAUACUAGGCGCCACUGUUGCCACAAGCACCACAGAUAUCAGUGAUUCUCAUGUUGCCCAGCUUCGACAGCCCAGCAUUUCACAGCACAUCGACGUUGAUGGUCUGACCUUAUUCUGUGAUGAGAGGCAAGACCUACUGGCGCAGGUGAUCGCUGAGAAGGAUCGCAAAAUUGAGGACCUCAGGUUCAAACUGAACUAUUUCAUUGAGAUGUCCAGGGGAUUCAUGUCACACCAGCAACAGCCACAGCCGGCUCUGUUGGAUGACUUGGUGAAUGACUCAGACGGAGGGGAAUUGGUGUCACUAGGUGCCAUCAGCAAUGCCUCGGAUGCCAGCUGGGAGGCAGUGGAGAAGUCUGAAGCCGAGAUCAUCAUGUGGGUGCCUGAUGCCGCCGUCACACACUGCGCUGGGUGCGAUGCGGAGUUUCGGAUGUUGAGACGCAAGCAUCACUGUCGAAACUGUGGGAAAGUAUUUUGCGCCGACUGCUCUGACAGACUGGCACCAGUGCCCCACCAGCACUUGAACAACCCUGAGAGGGUGUGUCGCCGAUGUUACUCACACCUUGUGCAGCUGAGCCCAGGUGCAUCCUCUGAUGGCCGGAUCCCUACGCUCGUGGCCAAUGGCUGA